AUGAAGAGAAGGCUUCCUCAUCAUCAUCAUUCAAAUGCUUCGGAAGCCACCAAGUUCUCAAAAUUGUUAUCAACAUUCACCGAUAGCUAUCACACCACCAUUGCCGUACAAAUUAUUUUAAUUGAUUUUUGUAAACCUCAACACUCAGAAUUGUCAUCAUGCAACCACUCGUCUCAAGAUCUUGAAGAUUCCGCAAGGAUGUAUCAAUUUUUGAAAACAAAAUUUGAAAAUCAAUCAAAAGGAUUCAAAAAGUAUUUGUUAGCAAGGGAAGAAUGGAUGCGACGACACAAUCCAUGGGAUAAUUGUUGUCAAAUGAAAAUCGAAUUCAUGAAUGAUCGAGAAUGUGUGGCAAGCUGUUUGAACCACCAUAUCCACUAUUCCCAGCUGGUACAAAGGAUGGUACAAACUGUUAACCUUUCCGAAUUAUGUCGUUCUAACCAAGAAAUGAUUGGAAAACUUGAGUUUUGGACACCUUUCAAAAGCGAAAUCUUGAGGCUCAUCAAGAUAAAGCAAUUGCAUGUCUUGAAAUACAUUCCAAAAAAUAUUUUGCUCGAAUGGAAACAAGAAUUGUCACAAAUAUGUGAACACUACUAUGACUUUAGUUUCAUAUUUGAUCUUGAUGAUUUCGAUGAAGCGAAAAAAGUAUUAUCUGAGAAGCGUUGUAUGCUGUUCCAGCUUUCACAAAGAUUACGAGACAAUGAAGAAAUUGUGAUGCAUGCCGUUCGUUGUCUCUCUUUCAUCGACAUGCAACAUAUAUCUAAAAGAUUGACAAAGGAUAGAAAAUUCUGUGUGAAAUUAGUUCAUUUAAAUCCUAAUUUAUUUUUACGCCUUCCAUCAUCGUUAAAGAAUGAUAAGGAAUUUAUUAUUCAACUAUUCAACACUACACUGACCUCUGAUGAUGGCACAUUAUAUGAAGACAAAAUUUCAACAUGUAUUCCAGAAGUGUUUUUUAAUGUAUCGGCGAGGGUUUGUCAUGAACUAUCAUUGGACUUCAAGUUGUCUAUUUAUCUGCAAUUAUUUCUCAAGGAUGCAAUAGUGUCAAAUAUUGAACUAGGUUUAUUGAAACCCGUGUUUCAAAUGCUUCAUGAAUUACCAGACGAAUAUUAUAGAGCUCACAAGAAUUAUCAAAAUAAUCUAACAGAGCAAGGACGUUUUGUAUCCUCAUUGUUCAAUGAAUGUGAACAACAUAGGCUUCAGAAUGAUGACGAAUUUGGAAAAAUCGUGGAACAAGUAAUGAAGCGAAUAUGCAUGAACUAUGGUCAUUCUGAGCUCGAUGAUGAAGAUUUGAUGUUAAAACGCAUUUCUUUGCCUUUCAUAUUGAAAUAUACCUCAGAUCGUUUAAAAAACAAUAGAAACUUUGUGCUGAGGGCUGUUAAAUCGAAUGGAAAGUGUUAUAGAGAUGUGUUGCCCAUAUUCCAAAACGAUAGAGAAAUAGUUUUAGCAGCAGUCUCUAAUACAGGAAGCUUGUUGUAUGAACAGCAAAAGAAUAGACGCGUGCUUCCUGCACAGUUUCGUAAUGACAAAGAGGUGAUUUUGGCUGCCCUUAAAAGUGGUUCUUGCUCCUUUUCUAACAUUCCAACCCACUUGUAUAAUGACAAAGACGUCGUAUUGACAGCAUUAGAGUAUACCUCUCUUUACGAGUCAUCUAUUGCCUAUGCCGUCUCUCGAUUCUUUGAGAGAAAUGACAGGGAGGUGAUAAUUGCUACCAUACAGAAAAACGGUCAUUAUUUGAACAGCCUCUCCUACGAUUUUAGUAACGAUAGAGAUUUACUAUUGGCAGCAAUUCGAAAUAAUCAAGUGGUCUACGCAUUACAAGCUGCUUCGAACAAUUUGAAGCAAGACCAAAACUUUGUGCUAGAUUGUGUAAAAGCAAAUCCAAGUGUUCUCAACUUUGUAUGCUAUCAAUUUAAUAAGGAAAUUAGAUGCAAUUUUGAUAUUCUGUAUGAGCAUGCUAAACGAUGGGGAUUCGUUAUGGAUGAGCUUAUUUAUGAUCUUGUUCGACAUAAUUUUGGUGAUCGAGAUAUCAAUUCUAUAACAUUCCAUGAAAGUGUUAAAAUAUUUACAGAUUUGAAACGGAUGAGAUUGGAAUUUGAAUAUUUUGGGUGUCACAUUCCAGAAUCGCACUUGUUAAAAGAACCAAUCGAAGCGCUAGAGGUAGAACCUUAUGAUGGAAUCACUAAUUUGGCAUCAUGGGAUAGCGAAUAUCGAGAAAAGAUGUACAGCAUGUGGAAAGCAUACUUGUUUGGUAAUGAACAAUGGGAAAUUUUCUUCUCUCUAGAUCUUACUCACUACUAUUGA